AUGGUAACCAUAGCUAUGAGGUUGAUAGUAAACAAAAGAGAGAAAAGGGCCAGGAGGAAACAGGGAACGCAGAGGGAAGCAGGGGAGGAAGAGAGGUGCGGGUUGGCGCCGGCGGGCCUAUCGUCACCGCCAAGCUGCUCGCCGCUCGCCGCCAUCACGAGGACCAGAACCGAGCAAGGGGGAAGAAGCCACGCGGCAGAGGAGAGAAGAAGGGGAGCUCACGGCAUCGCCGCCACCCAUGGAGCCGUGGGCUGCGCCCAGUCGCCGUCGGGGUCACCGCGUCUUCGUCCCGUUCCUGGAGCCAACAGUUGCGCCUCUGUCACGCGAGGAGGAGCGCGACCCACCGCGCAGAGCUGCGCCGCCGUGUGCUAUCGCCGUCGCCUCGGAUUGAUGCCGCCAUCGAGCUUCGAGGAGAGAGAAGGAGGUUGCGGGGAGGAUGAGGCGCGAUGGUGGUUUGUUCUGCCACCCCUACUGCCAUCGCCGUCAGGAACGGCCACCAGAGCCGCCACGAAGGAUAGCGAGAGGCAGAGAGCUCGCGGUGGGGGAAGGGCCAGGCGCUGUUGUGCUAUGGAGCAGAGUGAGCCGCGCCGGCGCUAUUAGAGGUCUCACCGCCGCCGGAAAAAGGGUUCAGGCCGCCGUAGGUGUCGCUGUCGGAGGGGUAAGCUGCGCCUCUGUGUUUCUGACCACCGGGAAUGGUUAUGUGGCUUCCGGAAUCACCGCUGGAGCUCCAGGCUGAGUUUCUGCCACUUGAAACCUUGCUGCUGUCGCCGGAAAAGUUUGCCGGUAAGGGUUUUAAUUGUGGUUUCUGUCCUUUUUGAAUUCCGAGGAUAUUAUAGUCACUGCGUGUUGGUUCCGGUUAUCGUGAUCGGAAUUUGUCGCCGCUGCCGCUUGAGGUGGCUGCUGAGUUGCCGCUGAACCGGCUCGGAGACCGCCGCUGUUUCGGUUCAGCCGUUCCUUCUUCGGUUCGAGUUGUUGAGACUGUUGCAAAAGUGGCUUGGAGCUGAGGUUUUGGUUGCCGUAAGUUCGG